AUUUGGGAACAAACACCUGUGUUUAGAACUCGCUGUUGACACAACAAUCUGAGUUAUGUGGUGAUUUCUUAAAGGAUAAAUAGAUGUGCCACUUCCCGGAUUUCACAGAAGCCACCUAACUCGAAGCAGGCUGCCAUGACCAGCCAGUCUCAGGGGAUCCACCAGCUCCUUCAGGCAGAAAAAAGGGCCAAGGACAAGCUAGAGGAAGCCAAGAAGAGGAAAGAGAAGCGAUUGAAGCAAGCUAAGGAGGAAGCCAUGGCAGAAAUUAACCAGUACAGAAUGCAGAGAGAUAAGGAGUUUCGACUGAAACAAUCUAAGGUAAUGGGGUCUCAAAGUAAUCUCUCAGAGGAAGUAGACGAGCGAACACUCGGGAAGAUACAAGAAUUGAAUGGAAGCUACAACAAGUACAUGGAAGUCAUGCUGAAACAGCUUUUGAACAUGGUUUGCGACGUGAAGCCGGGAAUCCACGUAAACUACAGAGCUACCCACUAAACGUGCACCCUACUGCUCAAUAAAUGGGUCACCGUAUUUGGAGGUGGGCCAUUUAAUAAGUAAUUGAGUCAGGAGAGUGGAGCCCUUGUGAUUAGAAUUCGUGCCCCUAUAAGACACCAGAGAGCUAGUUCACUCAGAGAGGAGAAGUUGGCAAUCUGCAACCCGGAAGAGGGCUCUCACCAGCCCCUGACCAUGCUGGUACCCUAAUCUCAGACUUCCAGCCUCUAGAACUAUGAAAAGUAAAUUUUUUGUUAUUUAUAAGCCACCCAGUGUGUUUGGUACUUGGUUAUAGCAGCCCCCGCCCCAAACUGAUGCAAACAGUAUGCCAUUAGCCCAGCCACCUAGACGGUAAUCACUGAAUUCUUUUUAGGUACUGGGCACUUUAAGUACAACGUAUGAAUUAUCUUGAUCCCAUUAUUGUGUGUUGUGUUAGCACGCAUCCCUGUUUUACAAAAUGGGAAAUAGCAAUUAAGGAACUUGUCCGCAGUUGCUUGAAUGACAGUGACGUGGGACUUCCAGUCUGGCCAAGGACUCCAAUGUCCUCACCCUUCAUUACUUACUCCCCGAAAAGUUUCUGUAUUUACAUCAUUAAGAAUCUCUGAGUACUCUGCUUUUCCAAGAAUAUAUGCAGACAAAAUUUAGUCCCAGUUGAAACAAAAUUUAACUGGUAAAUUUUAAUCAUUACCAAGUUAUUCAAUUCCAAAUAUAGACUAAAAUUAUUCUAAAUGAUCACUGUUUUAGAUUAACCUACACUAGAUGUAGGUCCCCCUCUAGCAGACAAAAUUAAAAUUUUACCACAUAGUCUUAAAUCUCAGAAACAUUCAAUUUUAUAUUGACAUUGGGCAAACGGAUGAAAAAUUUAAUAUCAUUUGUUUUUCCCAACUUGUUGGGCAAGGAAACCCAAACAGGUUAGUUUUUUUAAAAUUUCAAAUAGAUUUCUCUGUUUUCCAGAAAGACAACUGAUUCUCCAAUUAAUGACCAGAAGGGUAUCGACCUUUCCUAGGAAUGAUGUCCUUUAGUUUUGGGGGGUAGAGGGGGAACGAAGGUAAGACAUCAAGUAAAGUUGCCUCCCUCAAAUGAGGACAGCCAUGGAGGAUUUCCAUUUUAACACAGAUUUGGAGAUUUUGAUUACUCCUUCAGAGGUGAGUUAUGUAAAACAAUGACCAAAACUGCACUUUUGAAAAAUUGCCAUGUGAAAAGAUAAUUCUAAAAGACAUAGCCUUGUGAUUUGCCUUACAUAUCUUACCUCAUGAAAAAUAUCUUAAAUACCUUAUUAUGAAAACUAUCGAGAUGUCAAUUUUCUGUGUAAGAAAAGCUUGAAUAUGUAAUCUGGAACACACAAGUUGAUAAUAAAUUCCUGAGCCUACACGGGAUGGUUUUUUUAGGCUUACAUGCAAUAGAAAUACACUAAAAUCGGUAGAGGAUUUUUCUCAGCAGUAAAGGAGCUACGACAGCCGGAAGACAGUGGUGAAGAUUGGGUGUCACUAGCCUGUGUGUCUGAUCCUGGCUGUGCCCCACACUCUCUAUGUCCUGUUGGCAACUUACUCAAUCUCGCUGGUCUCAG